GUCAAGUUGGGACAAUAAUAUCAUCCUUUCGCCAUGGUCCUAAAGCCGCCCUUGUACUGAAGAAUUCACCCCAAAUACUAACUGUGUUCUCGGGGCGAGCAGGCAGCGACACCUCCAGAUCCUGAUUUUACAGUUAUUGGAGAAACAUGGCCUCGCCUCAGCCAGGCAGCCCACCUACAGCAGAGCAGGGCACCCCUCCCCCUCCUGAGACCAGUGAAGAAAAGGAUGAUGCAUCGGAACCAACAACUAGAAGAAGAGGCAAAGGGAGGCCAGCAAAGUCUCAGCACACUUUUAAGUGCUCUGCCUGUCAGGAAGCUUUUUUCAGCCCCUCGUCCUUGCGGAGUCAUAAGCUGUCUGCCCACAGUAAGGAGAAGCAGCAGCCAUACACCUGUAAUCAGUGCAGCAAGACUUUCCCAAACCGUGCCCAACUUUCUAAGCAUCAGCGGUCCCAUUCUGCCCAGCGUCCAUUUAAGUGCACACAGUGUCAUAAAGCGUACAAGACUCCAACAGAGCUGCGUAACCACAGCCGCUCCCACACUGGAGAGAAACCCUUUGUCUGUACAGAGUGCGGCAAGGCGUUCAUGCAGGCCAUCUGUUUGCGCAUUCACAUGACCCAACACAGUGGUGAGCGGCCUCAUUCCUGUCCCCACUGCUCCAAGAGCUACCCUACGUUGUCCAAGCUGAAAGUCCACCAGCGGUCACACACAGGAGAGAAACCUUACUUCUGUGCAGAAUGCGGGAAAAGUUUUGCAGACCCCUCCGUGUAUCGCAAGCAUCGGCGCAAUCACCAAGGCCAUCGCCCUUAUUCUUGCGAUCAGUGUGGUAAAACAUACACAGAGCUUAAGGACUUAAAGAACCAUGAGCGUUCGCACACUGGCGAGAAGCCAUUCCUCUGCUCGGACUGUGGUAAGGCCUUCUCGCGCUCCUCGUCUCUGGCCUGCCACUUGCGCAUACACUCUCAAAGCAAGCCCUACCAGUGUGAGCAGUGUGGCAAAGGCUUCACUCAGCUCUCUUCCUACCAGUCUCACCUCCGGACGCACUCUGGAGAGAAGCCCUUCCUCUGUCCGCAGUGUGGCAAGAUGUUCUCUGACCCGUCCAGCUUCCGCCGGCACCAAAGGGCGCACCAGGGUUUUAAGCCUUACCCCUGCGACAAGUGCAGCAAGCGGUUUCGACAACCGGCUGACCUGGCAGUGCACCAGCGUGUGCAUUCAGGUCAGAGACCAUACAAGUGCCAAAACUGCGAUAAGGCUUUUGUCGCAUCCUGGGACCUGCGGCGUCAUAUGCUGGUGCACACUGGGCUGCGGCCUUUCUCCUGCACUGAAUGUGGCAAGUCUUUUGCAGAGCGCUCCAGCCUCAACAAGCACCGGAGGGUCCAUUCUGGAGAGCGACCUUUCAAGUGCCAGAUGUGCUUUAAGUCCUUUGUGGUGUCAUCCAGCUUGCGCAAGCAUGAGAGGACGCACUUAGCAGAGAGGCCUGUGCAACAACAAGAGCCGACGCCAGAGACUACACAAGUCUUUACACAAAAUACCAAUUCGCAGUUUUCCUGUUCUCACUGUGAUUUGGUUUUUGGGACAUGGGAGGAGGUGCAGGCCCAUGCUGCCCUUCAUACCAUAUCGCCACCUUCUGAUUCAGCUGCUACAUCUCUCAACAUAGGCCCAUAUGUUUGUAUGACCUGCCAGGUGGAGUUCAUAGAGCUGUCCGCUCUCCAAGCCCAUAACAAAAUGCACCCCAAGCCACGACCCCAUGUCUGCAAUGACUGCGGCAAAGGUUUCCUGAACAAAGCCGGAUUACGGAAACAUCAACGCAUUCACUCCACCAGCCGACCACACUGCUGUACAGUCUGUGGCAAGACUUUCCUCUUUGCUGCAUACCUACGUAAACAUCAACGCACCCACCGUGACAAUGAGUCCUCAUUGUCUUUGCCGCAUGCAGACAUAGCACACACCGACCCCCUUCCGUCCCCACCCAGUGCAGCCUCCCCGACUGGCUCAGAGCCCACGUCCAUUUCUCUGACUGUACCUGUUGCUGUACCAGUGUCUGCAUUCCAGACUAUGUCAGCCCAUGUGUAUAUAGACAAGGAAGAUGAGCUUUAAAAUUGGUGACUGUGGUCUUGCUUAGUUCAUUGAAACACUGGCUGUGAAAGUCUUUUUAUAAGGAUGCAUUUCACAAGACACACAGAUAUGUGUCAACCAUUUUUUGUAUCAUAGCUUUAAAUUAAAUUCUUUUAUACACUAACAGUUAUUGUAAAAUAAUUUGAAACCUAGUGAAAAUAGUUUACUAUUUAUACAAAUUAAACUAAAAUCAUGUAUUAAUUAUUUUCCUGUACUUCACUUACAUGCAUUACAUUCAGUGUUCUGAAUGUGGAAAACACAAGCCACACUUCUUAAUGAAAGAAAGUAUUAUGCUUUUUAAUCCAAAUUUUCCCAUUGUUUUAGAGGUUCACACAAAACCCUGUUCUGUCUUUAUUCCUACAAGUCAGUAUGUUACAUACAAAUUAUGUAAUCUGCCUUCUGUUGGUUUGUAGCCACUACCUGCACAUGCCAGUUCACCUUUGACUGGUUAAACGAGUGGUCUAUAACUGUUUUAUUUAAAAUAAAAUGUCACAUUCAGUGAA